AUGCCAGAAACAGCUGGGGCGGUGUCAGCCUGUCUCUGCAGCGACACAAAUAGAAACCACCAGUCUCUCAGCUACUGCCCCAUCAACCCCAAGGCGUACAUGACCAGUGGCUUUUCUUACCAUCCGCCCCAGCCUACAAUCCAGACCAUCAUGACCAAAUUGUGUUCCUUCACCAAGGAUGACAACACGGCCUGCGGCAUCGUGGGUGUACUGCCGUAUGACUUGCUCCACAUGCUGAGCCGAGUGUGUUCCGAGCCCAUGGCCAUCACGUCCUCUGUGCCCUUUGACCAUAUCCUCCAUAAGAACAUGUUGGCUCUAGGAAAGUUUGUGACGUCCUGUGCCUGCGACAAACCCCUCUACAAUCAGCUGUACGUAGAGAAGGACUUCACUAGAUUUAUCCUAGAGGAAGUCAAUGGUUCAGGAAUCAAUUACGUGGGGAACUACUUCGACAUAAAGGCCACCAUGUCACUCCUGGGCAAGGCCAUCAUGAAGGUUGAGGUAUGGGAUAAACUGUUGGUCGGAGAGCUGAUGCUGGAUCUGCUGGGAGAGCUUGGACUGCUGAAUCCUGUGGGCUCAGAGACCAUUGCCCUGCCUGGAGCUGCCACUGAGACCACUGGGGGCGGAAAAGCCAGAUACUGUGGGCCUCUGGUGAGAGCUCUGGAGAGCUCCUUGAAAACAAGGUUUGCAGAGGUUUUCAGUGCAGUCAAGAUACCAGGAUGUGAGCCGGCUGAAGGAAGAGGCCCCACCAAAUUUCCUUUCACCAAUGCCUACUUCAUAGCAUCUGUGUUGGACCCAGCAUUUGGCUUCCAGCGGCUAGAACAUGAUGUGCAGCUGGACAGUGACGUCAAAGAUGUGCUGAAGACUGAGAUCAAAGAGUAUAUAAAGGCAGAGGGUGACAAGCAAGCGGUAUCAACAGCAGAUGCAGCGGAAGCAACAGGACCAGGGGAAGGUGAACUUUCAGAGUCUCCUCCUGAGAAGCAGUUGAGAAUGUUCUCCCACUAUAGGAGGACUCCCUCCUCCACCGAGAAGAAGCCGUCUGGCCAGGCUCAGUUGACUGCAUACCUCAACUUGAUCGCUGAGCAGGACUCUGACUCAGUCCCGUGCCUCAGGUUUUGGUUAUGUUGCUCUCCGGGCUGA